AUGCUUGGAAGAGACAUUGAGUUAGGUGAGAAUGAUGACGUUAAACCCACUUCUUUUAUCAGAAGAUAUCCUAAUAUUUUUGUUGAGUCGUAUUUUCUUGAUAGCGACGGCUCUCCUGUUUCGUGUUUCGGAUUGAGCCCUGUAGUGUUGAAGCUCCAUCGCGAAGAGCUUGAUGUACUUAAAGACAAUUGGUUUAAACUUAGUGAUAGGUUGUGUAGAUUGCUUAUGCUCAUGAGAGAUUGGAUGCUUCCGUUACAGACUAUUGAUCAGUUGAAAUGGGAUUUGGGUUUAAUAGUUAGAGAAGAAUGCUUCUCUGCAAAAACACAAAGAAGAUGUAAUAAUGGAACUUUUGCGUUUCCGGUUAGUUUAACGAUAGGUUUUGGUUUGAAAAGGAAAAUCAUAGAAUGGUUGAAAGAGUGGCACAAACUCCCUUAUACUUCGCCUUACAUUGAUGCCUCUCAUUUGGAUAUUCGUACUGAUGUAUCUGAGAAGAGGGUAGUUAAAGUUUUUAACGAGCUCCUUCACCUUACACUUCAUAAGCAAACCGAGCGUAAGAAUGUUAGAAAUUUACGCAAACCCUUGGCUUUACCGCAGAAGUUCACUAAAGCAUUUGAACGACACCCUGUUGUUUUUUACAUUUCCAAGAAGAAUGACACCCAAACAGUUGUUUUGAGGGAAGCCUACAAUGGUACGGAACUCGUUCAGAAACACCCCCUUGUGAAAAUUAGAGAGGAAUUUGCAUAUCUAAUGAAGAAAGUACUACUUGAUAUGAGUAGGGGUGUUUACAAGAAAAGUUUAGAUGCUAAUUUGGUUAAGGAAGUGAGAAAGGAAGUUAGCAUUGCCGAAAAAACUAAUUGGGUUAGUUCUAAAGAUGAAUCUGAUUUGAUGUUAUUCUGA